UGCUGGCCCAGACAAUGGAGCCGGCGGACCGCUAGUUCACCGGAGAGUUGAUGUUUGCAGUUCACGGGGCUGUCGGUAACAGACCGGCAGGUUAUGUCAGGGUGCUGGCCGAGGCACUGAGUCGGACACAAUGGAGUCCGCCCUGCGGCCCCCUGCUCCAGUACUGUGCUCGGUGCUUUCGGUAAAGGACCGGAGCUGUGAGGUGGCCCUGGACACUGAGCGGGCACUUCUGUCCUGGCGAGAAGUGAGGCCCAGGCGAGGGAGAGACAGGAGCCGGCCGGGAACAGGCAGCAGCCGGACUGGAAGUUGCUUGGCGAGAGUAUUCCGCAGGGCAAGAGGCAUCACGGGCAACUUCAGUCAGCAGUUCCCAUCAGGUGGCCGUUCUGUCCCCGUGUCGGAGAUCAUUGCGGUGGGAGAAGCAGAGAUUGAUGGGAAGUACUGUCAUGGUAUGAAGUGGCAGCACAUGUGCAAACCUCAUGCAUUUACAGUAAAUUAUGUGCAAAGAAUGAAGGAGCACCGCUGGCGGUGCAAGGCAGUGACAUUUUGGUGCAGUGAUGAGGUUCUUUGCUGUCAUUGGCUUCAUGCCCUUAAUAAUCUACUAGAGCAACAAACAUACAGACCAAAACACUUACUGGUUUAUAUCAAUCCAUAUGGUGGGAAGAGAAAAGGAAAACAAAUAUAUGAACAGAAAGUGGCUCCAUUAUUCAGCAUUGCUUCCAUCUCUACGGAGGUUAUUGUGACUGAGUAUGCAAACCAUGCUAGAGAUAACCUUUACGAAAUCGAUCUGGAAAAGUAUGACGGGAUUGUUUGUGUUGGGGGUGAUGGAAUGUUUAGUGAAGUGCUGCAUGGCCUCGUUGGACGGGUACAAAAAGAUAUGGACGUCGACCUCAAUAAUCCCGCAGCAGCGUUAUCUCGAUGUGAUGUAAGAAUUGGCAUUAUUCCUGCAGGUUCCACAGAUUGUGUGUGCUUCGCUACUGUUGGGAUAAAUGACCCAGUGACUUCUGCACUUCAUAUAAUUUUAGGUGACUCUCAGCCUUUGGAUGUAUGUUCCGUGCACCGCAAGAAGAUGUUUCUAAAGUACUCGGUAUCACUAUUGGGCUACGGUUUCUAUGGCGAUGUUUUAAAGGGCAGUGAAAGAAAUCGUUGGCUGGGCCCGGCUAGAUAUGACUUUUCAGGGAUCAAGACUUUUUUGUCCCACCAUUGCUAUGAGGGAACGGUGUCUUUUCAACUAGCAAAGUGGGCUGCUGGAACCCCUAGGGACAAUGCUUGUUGCAUGUCUGGGUGCCACGUUUGCAGAAAAAGUAGCAAGCAGCUGGAAGAGUAUGAAAGGGCGCGGGCGUGUGGCCUAGAGCGUAACGAGGCAGAUGAGGACUGGACAACCAUUAAAGGAAAAUUCAUGGCCAUCAAUGCAGCCAGCAUGAGCUGUGCCUGCCCACGAAGUCCAAAAGGUCUCUCACCAGCAGCUCACCUGGCAGAUGGAGCUGCUGAUCUCAUUUUAGUCCGGAAAUGUUCCAGGCUAAACCUCCUUAGGCACCUUAUUCGACACACCAACGAUAAAGAUCAGUUUGACUUUCCAUUUGUCGAAGUUUAUCGAAUUAAGACUUUCCAGUUUACUCCAAAACACUUUGAGGAGGAGGAGGAUGAUACAGAGAGCACAGAUUUAGGGAUUCCUGGGAAAAAGAACUUUGCUCAGAUCUGCACAGAUCAUCCGUCAUGUGGGUGUAGUCAGGUGAACAGCAUUUGGAAUUGCGAUGGGGAAACACUGGACCAGACUGCCAUUGAAAUGAGGGUCCACUGUCAGUUAAUUAAACUGUUUGCACGUGGUAUUGAGGACCAAAAGCCAGUGGACUAUGGAACCCCAAGCAGGGUGUAAUAGGCAAUAAGAUGCCUGUCUUUUUUUCUGAACCGUGUUGUUACUUUAUUUCUGUUUUAUUUAUUUUACUUGUAUGUGUAUUAUUUGAAAGACAAAAAGUCUUAAAA